AUGGGGGGCGCCGCGCGGUUGAAGGCGGGUCUGCGAGUAUCUGAGGCGCUGGGCCGGACGGAAGCUGGCCUCCUCGCCUUAGCAGGGCGCGCGCAGGUGCGCGCAGGUUUGUACAGGAUGGCAAAGCAGAAAAGAAAAGGUCCCGAAGUAACAGCAAGAAAGAGCAAAAAAGUAAAGAAGGCCUCUGCAGAAGAGAAACCUCGGGCACCUGAAGCCACAGCAGACAAAGAGGAAGCCAGCCCCAAGGGAGAGGCAGCAAGUAGAGUGCAGGACCCAGGCCCUGAGCUGUCACCAGAGGAGAGGAGGGUCCUGGAAAGGAAGUUGAAGAAAGAACGGAAGAAGGAGGAGAAGAAUCGACUGCGAGAGGCGGGCAUUGCAGCAGCCCAGAACCCACCGGCCAGGCGCUCGGGCGCAGAGCUGGCCCUGGACUACCUCUGUGGAUGGGCCCAAAAGCACAAGGAUUGGAGAUUCCAGAAGACGAGGCAGACAUGGCUCCUGCUGCACAUGUACGACAGCGACAAGGUUCCCGACGAGCACUUCUCCACCCUCCUGGCCUACCUGGAGGGGCUGAAGGGCAGGGCCCGUGAGCUGACGGUCCAGAAGGCGGAAGCCCUGAUUCAGGAACUGGACGAGGCAGGCACAGAGACCGCCCUGCUGGGGAAGGCCCAGCGCCUCCGACAGGUGCUACAGCUGCUGUCCUAGUGCGGGGACAGGGUGGCGCUGAGCUGCCCUGGGCCUCUUCAGGACGCACUGAGGUCCCAGUAGGUCCAAAAGAAGCAAGUAGGGGCACGAGUAGGUGGAGCCAAGCAGAGCUGGGCUUCUGAGCACCAGGCCCUUGGAGGGACCCUAGACCCCUCCUCUGAACUCCUGACCUGCCUUGACCAGGGACUGUUUUCAUGGGUGACUGUUUUCAGGUUUUUGUACCUUCAGGACACAGCAUGAUCUCCCUGAAGAAACCCUGGACACCAGUUCCAGCCCCAAGUGGCCCCAAAACCCAGAUGUCUAUUUUUCUACCAGGGGUGUCUUAACAACUGUCCAGCACUGACCUUCCCUGCCAGCUGGGCUUGCUCAGUGUUUGGGAUGUGGGGUCCCCAAGCUGGCUGCACCUUCCAUCUGACAGCCUUCCAGCGUGGGCCUCACCUCCUUGUGCAGCCUCCAGCCUGUCUUUGGGGAAACCCCGUGGGGAGCAGCAGUCGACCCCGGGCCUGCACACCCCACUUUCAAUAAAAUCCAGCCCUCUGUUCCGCUCUCGCUAGCCACGGAUUGCGGAGGGUUUUCCGGUGCAGGCGUGCUUCGGGCCACCACUCCUGUCUUCAGCGGUAGCCUCUCCAGGACGCAUCCCUGCUCUGUGUGUGACAGUCUAGCAGUCGGUGCUCUCGGGUCACCUUUUCCAGGUUUUGCAGUGAUGCUCCUGGCAGGGCACACACCCCCCACAGCAAACACGGGUUCUCACCCCUAACCGCCCGGUAACAGGAUGUGCGGUUGCAGCAGAGAGAGUGCCGGCCGGGCAAGGGGCUGGGGCUGAAUCCAAGCUGCCCGCAGGAGCCCUCGAGGCCUGAGAGUGACCCCAGUGGUUCUCAGCCUCCUCAGCCAGCGAGAGUGGCCCCAGGCCUUGCCUGGAUCACCUUCACAAAGCAAGAUACUCAGUCCUCAGCUGCCACCGAAGAGGGUGUCCUUAAACAACAUAUGACCCCUGCACAUGCCUUCCACAAAGGUGGAGUCCAGCCCCCUCUGAACAAUCAGCACCCCCGCCGCCCCGAGCCAGCCACCACAGGACUCCUGAGGCAGAUAGAGGACACAGCCCCACCUGGUGCUCUCUGGACAUGUGCCCAGCCACAGGGACAGCCACCUGUGGGUGCUCUAAACCCAGCCUUCAAGCCACUCCAGCUAUGCAAGUGGACAGAAAUGAGCUGCCCCCCAAGCCUUUGAAACAGCAGCGUCCCUGUUCCUGGUCACCAGUGCUUGAGUCAGGAGCGAAGCAGCCUCGGGGAGAGGGACGUGCAGUGGCAUUGCUGGUCACAGCCCAGGCAGAAGCACAGGCCCUUCUCCCAAGGCAGGUCAUGGGCAGCUGUGGCCAUCCCUAGCCUGGGUGAGCCUUGCCUGCAGACCCUUGUUACCUGUCACCACAGACCUCUAGACUCUUGGGAUUAGAAGAGACCCAAGGGUCUUGCCACCAGGAUCUCACCUGCACCCACCUGCUGUGCAGUCUGGGGCUCCUUGCUGCACCCCAGGCAGUGUCUGGCCCUGGCCCUGCCACCUCUGCAGCUGAGUUCCUAACCACAUGACAUGCCACAGAUCCAGGGUAGUGACGCAGGGUGGCCCUUGGGAGCAGCACAUGAAGUCCUGGGCCUUCUGCCAUGGGCAGGGUCACAAACAGACCAUUCUUCCCCACAUGGAUCUGAGGUCCUCAUGUUGGCACCUACAGUGCGUGUGAGGCACCUCGGCCCUGCAGAGCAGCUGCCUGCGUCAGCCCAGUGUGACGACAUGUGCAGUCAGGUGCAGCUUGACUCUUCCCAAGCUUUGAGGCCUCCCUAGUUAGUACACCAGGAAGUAGGCAGGCAGCGAUGAAGACCCACAGGUACAAAGAAGGGGAAGUGGUUUUAAAAAUCAGGGUUGAUAGGUCAAGAACCAUAUCUCUGGGUUUCCUGGCAGCCGAGGUAAAAAGGGAGAUGUGAGAAAGACUGCACGUCUGUCCGUGGAAAGCGGUAUUGGAGACCGAGACCUACUCGUGACAUCAGCACCAGUGUUCACCUAUCACCUGCUGGAGA